AUGGCUGUCCUAGGGCGUGAUCCUCACUUGGGCGCUCUUAUACAAGAUAUGUGGGAUCAGGAGAAGAAACAUUUGGCCGUGAUGGACAAAUUGCAGCUACAACACCACGUACGGCCUACUGUUCUUUCCGAUGUUGCCAGAGUAGCUGGCUUUGGCCUCGGUGCUGUAACUGCGCUGAUGGGCAAGGAGGCCGCUAUGGCUUGCACCGAAGCUGUAGAAACAGUCAUCGGGGAACAUUAUGAUGACCAGUUGAAGGAGUUGGAUUCUUUCUCCUCGGAUCACCCUAGCCUCCCUCUUCUUAAGGAUGUCAUCCGCGAAUUUAGGGAUGACGAACUGGAACACCUCGAUAUUGCUGUUGUUAAUCAUUCGCAACGCGCACCUGCCCAUGCUUUGCUGAGUAGCGUUGUUGGAGCCGGGUGUAAAAUUGCCAUUGAGCUGUGCAAGAGAGUUUAA